AUGUCACAAAAUACAAAGACUUACAGAGAUGCAUUUGCUCUUUUUGAUAAGAAAGGAACUGGUAAAAUCCCAGCUGAACAUUUAGGUGAUUUAUUAAGAUCAGUUGGACAAAAUCCAACAUUAGCUGAAAUUGCUGAAUUACAAAAACAACUUAAAGGUAAUGAAUUUGAUUUUGAUACUUAUCAAGAUAUAAUUAAUAGACCUGAUGGUUUUAAACCUUUAGGUUUACCAGAAGAUUAUAUUAAAGGAUUCCAAGUAUUUGAUAAAGAUCAAACUGGUUAUAUUGGUGUUGGUGAAUUAAGAUAUAUUUUAACUUCUAUUGGUGAAAAAUUGAGUGAUUCUGAAGUUGAUGAAUUAUUAAAGGGAGUUAAUGUUACUCCAGAAGGAAAUGUAGAUUAUGUUGAAUUUGUUAAAUCCAUUUUAGAUCAAUAG